GGCACGCGCCAGACGCACAUGAAAUAGCCCUCACAUUGGCAUACACUAGCAACAUCGAUAUUAUCCUAAUCCAAGAACCAUAUACAUUCAAAGACCUCAGCCAACAGAUCACUAAAAAACAUCCAUCAUGUGAAUGCUUCUCCCCAACUGAUAGCUGGGCAAUAAGUGGCCGACCACGAGUCCUCACCUAUCUAUGCCCCUUUACAACUGACACUAAAGAAGCCUCGGAUCUCCUGUUCUUUCAGAUUUUUUUGCCCACAGGAAAGUCCGCUCUGAUAGUUAACAUCUAUAAUGCCCCAGCAGGCUGCAGCAGAGCAGGUGAAGCCGCGAAAGCUCUCACAACCCUGCCAGAGGUGUAUUUCCCUCAAACAACGAUACUUGCAGGCGAUCUCAACCUACUACACAACAGAUGGCAACCCUCGCUACAACGCAGCCCUACAACUUUUGCAGAGCUGUUUAUCAACUGGCUGGAUCUCCAGGGUCUAGUACUUAUUUCCGACAUAGACUAUCCCACACAUGAAAGGGGUAACGUGUUAGACCUCAGUUUUGCCUCAAGCCCUCUGGCACUCGCAGGAGCCAAAGCUAGCAUAGCGAGUCACUUAGAUGCUACCUCUGAUUAUUAA